CUUCGUUUGACUUCUAAUCAAAACAUCGCGUUGGUGUUGUGUUUCAGGUCCUCUGGGUGCAAAAACUGUAGAAAAUUCUUUAAAAAUUACAUGUAAAUACCUAUCUAAAAGUUAAUCAUCAAACGAGAAAGACUUUGAACAACUUUAAAUCAGUAUUCAUUCCACAGCUGCUGCAAUAAUGCCGGCCUAUCAUUCCACAAUCAAGGACUACAGCCAGUCUGUGGGCAACAUGGCCAUUCUGCCGCUGCGUACCCAGGCGCGUGGACCUGCACCGACCAACGCCAGCAUCGAGCAGGACAUCAUCGAUGAAUCAUUGUACUACUUCAAGGCGAAUGUUUUCUUCCGAACGUACGAAAUCAAAUCGGAGGUCGACCGGGUGCUAAUCUACAUCACCCUGUACAUCACCGAGUGUCUGAAGCGGCUGCAGAGGUGCGCCAACAAAAACCAAGGGCUUCAGGAGAUGUACACGCUGGCCAUUUCCAAGUUCGAUAUCCCCGGAGAGGCCGGGUUUCCGCUGAAUGCGGUCUAUGCCAAACCGUCGUCCCCGACGGAGGCGGAUCUGAUGAAACAAUAUUUGCAACAGCUGCGGCAGGAAAUCGGUAUCCGGGUUUGCGAAAGGGUCUUCUCCGGCGAGGACGGCAAGCCCAGCAAGUGGUGGCUGUGUUUCGCCAAGAAGAAGUUCAUGGACAAAUCCCUGUCGGGGCCUGGACAGUGAAGGGUCAUUUUGACGGAAAAGGUAUGCAUGUUUUAAAUAGGUAUUACUACAUUGUUCACUUGUCGAAUAGGAACAUGUAUCCAUAAAUGCAA